AAAGUCGGUCUCUCUACUUCUUCGUUCUUAUCCUCUCUACCACCUUCUUCUUCUCCAUCCCCAAAUCAUCGAAAUUUCUGAUGAGAUUCACUUCCAUUUUCCCCAUUUAUCUUCAAUCAAUCCACUCCCAACUUUGUAAUACCCACUUAUAACGAAAUCAUCCGUUUAUCUGCUCUCAAUUUUUCAUCUUGGUAUCUCUGAUUUCCCCGUAUAAUGUUGUCUAGAUCGUCUUUCAAUCUGCUCAAUCUCGAUGAUUAUUCUUGUGUAAGCGAUCGCCCUCGGAUCCCCAGAAUCAUGACAGUUCACGGAAUUCUAUCGGAGUUUGAAGAAGAUGACAAUGGCGGAAUCGAUAACCGGAACAGAAAUGAAACGGAUCGGUUUCCAGAUGCUGUUUCGUCUCCCACCGCCGGCCGUCGGAUCGUGGUUGCCAAUCAGUUACCGGUGAAAGCUCGGUUCGAAACGGAAACCAACAAAUGGGUAUUUCAAUACAACCCGGAUUCACUCGUGCUUCAACUCAAAUCCGGGUUAGAACCCGAUACCGAAUGCGUUUAUGUCGGAUCUUUACCCGUCGAUGUUCACCCGUCGGAGCAAGAAGAAGUCGCUCAAAUUUUGUUGGAAAAAUUCCGGUGCGUUCCCACUUUUUUAUCGUUAGAAAUCCAGAAUAAAUUCUACCAUGGAUUCUGUAAACAUUACCUAUGGCCUUUGUUUCAUUACAUGUUACCCGUGACCCGAACCCAAGGGGUCCGAUUCGAUCGGGUCGCAUGGCGGGCCUACGUAUCUGCGAAUAAAGUUUUUGCAGAUAAAGUUAUGGAAGUUAUCAACCCAGAUGAGGAUUACGUCUGGAUCCAUGAUUAUCAUCUCAUGGUGAUGCCUACUUUCUUGAGAAAACGAUUUCACCGAAUCCGGGUCGGGUUUUUCUUGCACAGCCCAUUUCCAUCGUCAGAAAUUUACCGGACUUUACCCGUCCGAGACGAAAUUCUCCGGGCACUUCUCAACUGUGAUUUAAUCGGUUUCCAUACAUUCGAUUACGCUCGCCAUUUCCUUUCAUGUUGUAGCAGAAUGUUGGGUCUCGAUUACAAAUCAAAAAGAGGCUACAUUGGUCUCGAAUAUUAUGGUAGAACAAUAAGCAUCAAGAUUUUACCAGUCGGAAUCCACAUGGGUGAAAUCGAAUCGGUAAAAUCAUCACCAGAAACUGCCACGAAAGUUCUUGAAUUAAAGCAGAAAUACAACGGUAAAAUUGUGGUUGUGGGUGUCGAUGAUAUGGACAUGUUCAAAGGGAUUAGUCUAAAAUUCUUAGCAUUUGGCAAGCUCUUAGAAGACUACCCCACCUUACGUGGCUCAGUGGUUCUAAUCCAAAUCUUGAACCCGGCUCGUAGCCGUGGUCAAGACAUCCAAGAAGUCGAAACCGAGAUGCGAAACGUGGCUCGUGAGGUUAACCGCAAGUUCACAAAAGACGGGUUCGAGCCAAUCGUAUUGGUCAAUGGUUCGGGUUCGACCCAUGAGAAAGUUGCGUACUUUGCAAUAGCCGAAUGUGUGGUGGUCAAUGCGGUUCGAGAUGGGAUGAAUUUGAUCCCGUAUAAGUACACGGUUUCUAGACAAAGUAAUCCGGAUUUGGAUCGCGUGUUAGAACCCAAUGAACCCGAAUCAAACCCUAAACCUAAAAAGAGUGUAAUCAUAGUCUCGGAGUUCAUCGGGUGUUCACCAUCUUUAAGCGGGGCAAUCCGGGUCAACCCGUGGGACAUCGAUUCGGUCACCGAGGCGAUGUAUUUGGCUAUCAAAAUGCCGGAUAAGGAAAAAGAAAUGAGACACGAGAAGCAUUUUAAAUACGUUAGUUCUCAUGAUGUUGCGUAUUGGGCGCGUAGUUUUGAUCAAGAUCUUGUGCGAGCUUGUAAGGAGCAUUUUCACAAACGGUGUUGGGGGGUUGGGUUUGGGUUACAGUUUCGGGUUGUGGCUUUGGGGCCCACUUUUAGGAAAUUAUCGGUCGAACAUAUUGUGUCGGCGUAUAAGAAGACGAAUAGUCGGUUGAUUUUGGUUGAUUAUGAUGGGACAUUGAUGCCGCAAAGUUUGAUCGAUAAAACGCCGAGUAAAGAAGUUAUUUCGAUCUUGAACGCGCUAUCGAGUGAUCCGAAAAAUGUUGUGUUCAUUGUGAGUGGUCGUGGGAAGGAUUCGUUAAGCAAAUGGUUUGAUUCGUGUAAGAAACUUGGUUUAUCAGCGGAACAUGGUUAUCUUACUAGGUGGAGCGGGGACUCGGAAUGGGAAUCUUGUGAGUUAACGGUGGAUGUGGGGUGGAAGAAGGUGGCGUUACCGGUGAUGGAGCAUUACACUGAGGCAACCGACGGUGCUUUUAUCGAACAAAAAGAAAGCGCGUUAGUUUGGCAUCAUCAAGAAGCGGAUCCGGAUUUCGGGGCAUGGCAAGCUAAAGAGUUGCUAGAUCAUCUAGAAAGUGUUCUCGCCAACGAGCCGGUAGUUGUUAAACGAGGCCAACAAAUCGUUGAGGUUAACCCUCAGGGUGUAAGCAAGGGAGUGGUGUUAGAUCGCCUCGUGACAACAAUGAAAAAUAACGGGAGACCACUCGACUUUGUGUUGUGCAUCGGUGAUGACCAAUCAGACGAGGACAUGUUUGAGAAAAUUGGGAGUUCGGUUGCGAAUGGGAUUGCGGAAGUAUUUGCUUGCACAGUGGGUCAAAAGCCCAGUAUGGCAAAAUAUUAUCUUGAUGACACAGUAGAUGUCAUCAAGAUGCUACAUGGGCUCGAAGCUGUAUCGACCCAUGUAGCAGAAAGUACUAGGUUCCAUGUUGAAACUCGGACCUAGAUUUGGUAGACAGAAUGACUUUAGAUCGUGGUAAAUCUUAUUUCCGAAACUAGAAUAAUCUAAUCCAAAACAAUAUAUGGUUUUUGACAUAUUGGUCGAUACAUGAUACAUGAUUCAUCUGGAUUUGAUCGUUUUGGUUGCGGAAAAUGGAUUUACCAGCUGAUAUACAUCCUUUGUACAUAGGGGCUUACAUACAUGUUUUUUUAUACCAAAU